UGACAUUCUGUUUUUUUCUGCAUUUUCUUAUUUAUUAGUUAUGCGGUUUGCUUUAUGCAUUGGACUAACUCCUCUUAGGGCAUUUUAAAAACUUUGUCAGUUUCAUAGUAUUGGUACAUUGAGCCAUAAUAUCUUUGCAUUUAUCUGACUAUACGUAUUCGGAGAGAAAAAACUGUGCUGGUGCCGUAUGCUGACAUGUUGAUCUGAAGGUCCAGCUGUACCUCUGAGAAAAGGGCCUGGCUUUACAAUGCAUUUAGGCUCUUCCUGGGCCAGCGCUCUCACCAAGGAGAAGGCCAUGUUCAGUUUGAGCAUGAAGAUCAUGAGGCCCAAUGACAAGAAGCUGGACAGCUUCAUGUCCGGCAUAUACCAGGCUCUCCUCAAGCUGGGGAUGAACUCGGACCUCAAAGCCCAGCUAAAGGAGCUGAAUAUAACAGCAGCCAAGGAAACUGGAGUUGGUGGUGGUCCAAAAGCUAUUAUCAUCUUUAUUCCCGUUCAUCAACUGAAAUCUUUCCAGAAAAUCCAAGUCCAGCUCGUCUGUGAAUUGGAGAAAAAGUUCAGUGGGAAGCAUGUUGUCUUUAUUGCUCAGAGGAGAAUUCUGCCUCGGCCAACUCAAAAAAGCCAUACCGAAAAUAAGCAAAAGUGUCCCAGGAGCUGCACUUUGACAGGCGUGCACGACGCGAUCCUGGAGGACUUAGUUUUCCCAAGCAAAAUUGUGGGCAAGAGAAUCCACGUGAAACUGGAUGGCAGCCAGGUUAUAAAGGUUCAUUUGGCUAAAGCACAGCAGAACAAUGGGGAGCACAGGGUUGAAACUUUCUCUGGCAUCUAUCGGAAGCUCACUGGCAAGGAUGUUCACUUUGAGUUCCCAGAGUUUCUGUCGUAAACAAAUAUGAUUUAAAAAAAAUGCUGUUAGGUGUCCCUCUUGUUUACCUGAGGCAGAUCUGGUUUUCCAUAGCCCUGGAAUAUACUCAUUUGCCAUCAGAUCUUUAGCAUAGUUCAGACCGUGGAAGGAGUCUCAGAUUCUAUAGUGACCUUGAGGAAGGCAUGCAAUCUACCUUGACCUUCUUAUCCCAAACGUAAAAGUGAUUUUUUUCUCUAGAAUUCCCACCUCUAUCACCCUUAAGAUAUAAAUCUGUUUUAGGGCACCUGGAUGGCUCGGUCAGUUGAGCAGCCAA